AUGUCACAGGUGAUGUCCAGCCCCCUGCUGGCAGGAGGCCCCGCAGUCGGCUUGGCUUCCUGUGAGGAACCCAGGAGGGUCCUGCACCCAGCACCCAGCCCCGGCCUGCCGCCCCAGUGUCCUUACUACACCACAGAAGGCUGGGGAGCUCAGGCCCUGAUGGCCCCCAUGCCCUGCAAGGAGCCCCCCAGCAGGCUCCAGCAGGCCCCACAGGCUGGAGCCAAAGCCGGCUGCCUCCUGCAGUCCCCUGGGGAGCAGGCCUCGGCAGCCUUGGAGGACCUUGACUCCUACAUUGACUUCUCGCUGGAGAGCCUCAACCAGAUGAUUCUGGAACUGGACCCCACCUUCCAGCUGCUCCCUCCAGGGCCUGGUGGCCCCUGGGCUGAGCCCACCCAGAGCACUACCUCGAGGAGAAAGAAAGAAGAGCCUGAAGCUUUGGAUAUAAAGUACAUCGAGGUGACCUCGACCAGAUCAAGGUGCCACGACGGCCCCCAGAGCUGCUCCAGCCCAUCUGUCACCCCACCCUUCGGCUCCCCUGGCUGUGGCGGCCUUCUCCUUUCCAGAGACAUCCCCCGAGAGACUCGGAGCAACAGUGAGAGCCUCAUCUUCUCCGGGAGCCAGGGCAGGGGGCACCAGCGCCCCUCUCCCCCCUCGGGGGCCCCUUCCUCUCAUCCACCACCCUCUCCCAGCAUCUCCAUCCCUGGAAUGGGAAACAAGGCCUCAGACCGCCAUGGCUUGGGCUCCCCACUGGUGGCUUCCCCAGCCUUGGAGAAGGGGCUGGGGGGCAGGGUCUCCAUGCUGUCAGCCAGCCCAGCAUCUGAUGUCAGUUACGUGUUUGGAAGCCAGUCCCUCCUCCGCUCCAGCAUCUCCAGCCAUCAGUCAUCUUCGAGAUCCUUGGAAAGCCCAGCCAGCUCUUCCUCCAGCCUUGGCCCAGUGUCCUUGUAUACGAGAGCCAGUGACCUCCAGGUCCCCAGCAACCCCACCCCAAGCAUUGGCCAGCCCAGAGCAACCCAUUCCUCACCACUGGCCAAGGAACAUGCCAGCAGCUGUCCCCCAUCCAUCACCAACUCCAUGGCGGACAUACCGAUCGUGCUGAUCAACGGCUUUCCAGAACCAGGAUCUCCCCCAUCCCAGAGGACCCCAGGACCCCAGGCCUUUGUCUGCCCUGGGGCUACUUCUUCCAGCAACCCCUGUGCAGCCACCAGGAGCCACGGCCAGACCCUGCCAGAUGCCCCUCUCACCACAUCCCCAGAGGGCCCUGCCAGGGACAUGCAGCCCACCAUGAAGUUUGUGAUGGACACAUCUAAAUACUGGUUUAAGCCAAGCAUCACCCGAGAACAAGCCAUCGAGCUGCUGAGGAAGGAAGAGCCGGGGGCUUUCGUCGUGAGGGACAGUUCUUCAUACCGAGGCUCCUUUGGUCUUGCCCUGAAGGUGCAGGAGGCCCCUGCACCUGCCCAGAACCGAACAGGCGAGGACAGCAGCGACCUCAUCCGUCACUUCCUCAUCGAGUCUUCUGCCAAAGGGGUGCAUCUCAAAGGAGCCGAGGAAGAGCCCUACUUCGGGAGCCUCUCUGCCUUCGUGUGCCAGCAUUCCAUCAUGGCCCUGGCCCUGCCCUGCAAGCUCAUCAUCCCAAAGAAAGAAUUGGGAGGUGGAGACGGGGCCUCAGACCUCUCUGCAGACGGCCGGGCCUCCUGCCUGAAGAAAUCUGCGGGUUGCCAUGCCCUGUACCUGAGCUCCGUGAGCGUGGAGACCCUGAGCGGAGCCCUGGCUGUGCAAAAGGCCAUCUCAACCACAUUGGAGAGGGAUGUCCUCCCCACACCCACCGUGGUCCACUUCAAAGUCACCGAGCAGGGCAUCACCCUGACUGACAUCCAGAGGAAGGUGUUUUUCCGGCGCCAUUAUCCCUUCGCCACCCUCCGCUUCUGUGGCAUGGACCCCAAGCAACGGAAGUGGCAGAAAUACUGCAAGCCCUCCCGGAUCUUUGGGUUUGUGGCCAAGAGCCAGACCGAGUCACAGGAGAAUGUGUGCCACCUCUUUGCGGAGUAUGACACUGUCCAGCCAGCCUCGCAGGUCAUCAGCCUGGUGGGUGCUCUGCUGCAGGACCCAGAAAGGAUGUAG